UAAACUAAUAGAGCAAAUAAAAUAAUAGAGAAAUAAACGAAAGACGAGACAGGGGAAAGAGAGUGGGGGAACUUGAUUUCCGGAAUUUCCACUUCGGCUUUGUAAUUUUCGCGGCCUCUUCCUCUUAUUUCUCUCUCGGAAGCGACCAUCGGGGAGAAAGAAGGGAGACGAUGGAAUCCCCAGGGCUUCGGAGGCCAGGGUUUAAGGUUUGUUCGUUUUGCUUGCGGCGAGAGCUGUCCAUGUGAACUCGAGUCCAAAUAGUAUGAGUUCUACAUCAGCUCAUUUUGCAACCUCUAGAACUAGAAGGAUGGCUGUAUAUCGACCAAACCACCAAAUUAGGAUGUGGGGCAACUCCUUUAAAGCUGACAGCAGUCAAAAUACAGGUGCAUCUACAAUUGUGGAAGCAGAUACCAAACUGGACAAUAGGUUAGAAGAUAUUCCUCAUGAGAGCCUAGGACCAUCAAAAAGAUAUGAUCAAGAGGCAAGAUAUGAUCAAGAGGCAAACAUGCCUGCGGAUAAGGUAGUAAGACGUCUUGCGCAGAAUCGAGAGGCUGCUAGGAAGAGUCGUCUAAGGAAGAAGGCUUAUGUUCAGCAGCUAGAAUCAAGUCGUCUAAAACUGGCCCAGCUAGAGCAGGAGCUUGAGCGGGCUAAACAGCAGGGUGUGUACAUAGGUCGACAUUUAGGAGAUGCAACUCUUGGAUUAGCAGGAACUGUUAAUUCAGGUGUUGCUGCUUUUGAAAUUCAAUAUGUGCAUUGGGUUGACGAACAGAAUCGACAAACUUGUGAACUAAAAGCUGCUUUACAAGCAAAUGUCUCUGAUAUAGAACUCCACAUGCUUGUAGAGAGUGGAAUGAGCCAUUAUGAUAAUCUUUUCCGUAUAAAAGCAAUUGCUGCAAACUCCGAUGUCUUCUAUCUAAUGUCUGGCAUGUGGAAAACAGAUGUAGAACGGUUUUUCCUUUGGAUCGGGGGAUUUCGGCCUUCAGAACUUCUAAAGCUUCUUGCCUCACAAUUACACCCUCUAACGGAGCAACAACUUGUGGCUGUCCGUAACCUGCAACAAUCUUCUCAGCAAGCUGAAGAUGCUCUUUCCCAGGGACUGGAUAGACUUCAACAAACUCUUGCGGAGACUCUAACAUCUGAUCCAUUAGUUGCCUCAGGUGUUGCAGAUUACAUGGGACAAAUGGCAAAUGCAAUGGGAAAGUUGGAGGCUCUUGUAGGCUUUGCGAACCAGGCAGACAACCUUCGGCAGCAAGCCCUGCAGCAAAUGUACAAGAUCCUCACUACCCGCCAGGCGGCACAAGGCCUCCUUGCCUUAGGUGAUUACUUCCAGCGACUUCGCGCUCUGAGUUCUCUUUGGGAUGCCCGUCCUCGUGAACCAGCUUAGUAAUUUUUGGAACAAACACUUUGUAGCUCAACAAUCUGAUGCGAAACUGUGACCUACCAUCUAGCAAAGGAAAUACAGCGGCAGCAAAAUGGCCAUUAACACUGUCUGUCUGCAUUAUAUAUGUUAUGUUGGCUGCUAAAACUAGAAACAAGGACCUUGAAAGGGUGGAGUUGUGUGUAUAUUCUUUGAAGCUCCAUGAGUGCAGGCAUGCCUGAGGUGCCUCUUGAAGCUUUUUUAGGUGAUGUAUGUUGUAUGGGUGGUGUUAUAUAACUGUUCAUUUUGAUGUAAGAACAGCAGCCAGUUUAAUAUGCUCCAGUGAUCUGAUGAAUUCUACAUUGAGAA